AUGGCCGGACUGAUCGCGUCCGCGCUGGACUCAGUUCGUGGCUACGCUGGCUCGCUGGCAUGGGGGCCACUGGUCAACAUCUCAAAGUCUACCAUACUGAGCUUGCUCGGCAACAUCCAGUGCGGCCAGCUCACGGUUAUCGAGCAGGAUGGGACCACCACAGUCUGCGGGAAUGCUGCCGGCGGCACUAGAGACGACCCGAUCACGACUCUCGAAGUCAAGCGCGAUGCAUUCUGGUUGCGACUGGCUCUCUUUGCCGACAUGGGUUUCGCCGAGAGCUACAUGCUGGGCGAGGUGAAGUGUCCAGAUCUUACAGCAUUUUUCCGAAUCUUCAUCCUGAACCGCACGUACCUUGCCAAUGGCUCGACAUUCACCUCGACUCUUUCCACUGCCAUUAGUGGUCUCCUGCGAAAAGCUAACACCCUGCCGAACGCCCUUCUCAACAUCAGCGCACACUACGACAUCAGCAACGACAUGUUCUCCGCCUUCCUCUCCCCCGAUCUGACUUACUCGUGUCCGAUCUGGGCGCCCCUCUCCUCUCGAAAGCCGAACUCUGCCGAAGAGUCCCUCGAGUCCGCACAAUACCGCAAACUCGACCGCUUCAUCGACAAUGCCCGCAUAAAACCGACCGACCACGUCCUUGAGAUCGGCACUGGAUGGGGCAGCUUCGCGAUUCGUGCAGUCCAACGCACCGGCUGCCGCAUCACGUCCUUGACCCUUAGUGCCGAACAGAAAACGCUCGCGGAUCGCCGCAUCGCAGAUGCUGGCCUGACAGAAAACAUAGAGGUUCUGCUUUGCGACUAUCGUGCCCUGCCUAUGCCGACUACAGGCCCCUAUGACAAGGUUGUUAGUAUCGAAAUGCUCGAGGCUGUCGGACGCGAGUUCCUGAUCACAUACUUCGAGUGCAUCCAUAAGCUACUCAGGUCGGACGGCGGUAUCGCGGUAUUCCAAUGCAUUACCAUGCCAGAGUCUCGAUACGAGGCGUACGCCCGCAGCGAGGACUUCAUUAGGAAGUACAUCUUUCCCGGCGGCCAUCUGCCGACAGUGACGCAGUUGGUGGACUCGAUACAUGCUGGAGGUAAAGGACUGCUUGUGGUGGACAACAUUGAGAAUAUUGGGACACACUACGCGAAGACGCUGCGGAUAUGGAAGGAGAACUUCUUGAACAACUUCGAGCAAAGGAUACGGCCAAGUCUGAUAGCGGAGCAUGAAGGCAUGACAGAAGCGGAUGCGCAGCUGUUCAAAAGGAAGUGGGAGUACUACUUCACUUACUGUGAAGCCGGGUUCAAUACUCGAACGUUAGGCGACGUGAUCAUCACCGUCUCGCGAGAAGGGGCCAUGGAGCUGGCGGAGGAUAUACCCUUGUGA